UCCUUUGCUUUUUUAUUAGUGUGUUGGCGUUUCAGCUGUUACAGGUGAAGGCAUGGAGGAGUUUUUUAAGGCAGUAGAUGAAGCAGUAAUAGAAUAUGAAACCGAUUAUAAACCAGAAUAUGAAAAGUUACGGAAGGAAAAGCUGUUGAAAGUUGAAAAAGAGAAGCAGAAACAACUGGACAAAUUGAAAUCUGAUUCAGGUAGCGGCCCAAGUGUCAAGAUGACCAGUGUCUUGUCCGAUAUAGAUUCAAUUGAUAAAGAACACAAGAUUGCCAUUGCAAUCGGAGGUGACAGUGAUGAUGAAAUUGAUAAAGAUGAUACAGAAGGUCGAAUGGAAGAAAUUGAAGAGGAAUCUUUCAGUCGGUAUAUAAUGAAAGGAAAAGAAGGCACGACAUGAUAAAUUCACAAAACUGGACUCUAAUAUUUUUAUACUUAUCAGAUGCUCAGAAGUCCACUACAUUUCACUUUAUUACAACAAACAGUUUGAUCUAAUGGCAUUUCCAUUCGUAGAUGUUGGUCAAUGCAAAUUAAAGUUUUAUAGGUAUGAAUUAUGGUAGAGGCCAUAUUGGAAAAUGCAGUGACCAAAAAAAUCUACACAUUUAUGGUAGUUUUCUUAAAAAAAUAUUGAAUGUCUGUUGCGAGUACACAAGCUAAUGCACCAGUGGCGUAGAAAAGUAUUUUUUAAUGGGGUGGGGGGAUGAUUGAAAAUUCUUGGAAUUGACAUAAAAUUACUGAUAUCGUACACACCCUUCAGUGUGAAAAUGUGGUUUGCUUUGUA